AUGGCCAAGGAUAGAAUCAACUUCAGGCGCUCCAUGAAGUAUGCCCACGAUGCCGCAGUGAUGGAGGACAUCGUCGGCAUCACCGCACUUCGCACAGCGAAUACCCGUUACGGCGAUGUUGAGGAUGCGAGAAACUCGCGGGUGACGGGAUUAAUGAAAUGGUCUCUCGAUGACUUGGUCGUUCAGGAGGUGUGGCCGGAUGCUGCCAUUACCCGAAAUGACAAGGAGGAAGGUGAUGGGACAACUUCUGUCGCGUUUGUGGUCAGUGCGAUUGCUGAAGGCGUCCCCGAUGGUGUGAUUGCUGCUCUUAUCAGAGACAAGUGUCCUCAUGGAACCCCGGUAUGCUUUGUUACACCUGUAGACUUUGGUAGUUGCCAUGAACGCUUCGUAUUGGUGCGCUCCGCCUCACGGGAGGCUAGGCGCCAGUUUCAGCGCCCGCAGACAAUGCAUACAGCCGAAGGGGUUGUGUGUAUUGGUAAGGCUAUCGACAUUCCACUAUUGUCCAAUGCAUCAUCGCCUCUGCCAGUUCAUCUUCUCCCUGAUGUACGUUACUCCAUUGUAUUGAGGAGCAUGCGAGGUGCCUUGGCGGAUGUUCUCCCCCGUUUAGAAAAAUUGCAGUUCAAUGGAUUCUUGAACUAUAGUCAUUUGGCGCGGCAUGGUGUAGGUAUAUUUCGCGCCUUUGAGAGCGGGCGGCAUCUUCUGCAUCGAGAUUACGUGGAGUUUCUCCAAAGUUACGUGCUGGGUCUGACGGAGUGCUCACCACUUAUUCGCAAGGAACUAAAUCCUUUGCUGGACAUUUUUGCGGAUCCAAAAUCCACACGCGUAGGUUGGGCAGGCGUCAAAAGUGGUUUGGAAUAUGCUUUGAAAAAGGAUGAACCCUUGAUACGUAGAGCACAAACAGGAUUGUUUUAUCCUCAUCAUCAUCUUCUUCGUGAUUUACUCGGAAGGGCGUCCGAUCUCGCUCCCAAAUGUCAUGACUCGGCUCAGAUUAUUCGUGAAAGUAUCCCUCGUUUGGUACUCCAGGAAAAGCUUAGGAGCGUGGGAGAUGUACAUUUUAAUGCACUUGCAUCACUUCGGUGGGAAAUGUACGGCGAUCAGGUUGUAGCAGGAGAUCUUGUGAUUCCUGACGAUGAAGCAAGAGAGCCGCUUGACGUGUUUGAGGCUCCUGCUGAUCAUAUCAACGGGGAAAUGACAUGCAUACAUCAUCUUGAGUGGCUCUCUGUUGCUGGUGAUGCGCACUUGAAUGCGUUGCUGGGACGCGUUCGCGUGGUACAAAGUGCUGAAGAGGCAAAGCGGUACAGAAUAGAUCAAGUUGUUCUCCCUGUCAUGGGUUACGGGGCGGAGCGUUUACAUUCCCCUGGAAAUCAAAUAAAAGAGGCGUCAGAGAGACUGGGGCGAGAACUGCAGGUAGAAGGAUUGCCGCAGAUGAAGGCUGCUCCACCUGCUACAUAUCGUCGCCUUGUUGUGUGUCCAAAGGACUUUGCAUAUUGUGUGUUUGAUAACGAAAGAGGGUGGUGCUGGGAGAGUAACCAGAACACGCCCAUUCGGUCACAGCUUUAUGAAGAUCAGGAGGGCAUCACGCGGCAGCCCUCACCUCUUUUUGUUGCUACAGGCAAAAACAUGAUUGCUCGUCGAGGUAUUCGGGGUGCAGAGCAGCGGAGCCAUUUUCUCAAGCCAGCAAGACGUGGCGGUAUGACGUGCGUGCUUCGUAUGACGUUGCCGCGAGGCUCGGCGGUGACUUCUGCGUUGCGUGAGGUGUUUCAAUUUGCCACACUUGAUCCUGGCGCUAUUUUUCAUCUCCUUCGCUGA